UACAGGCUAAAGUUACGCGUCAUACCAGAGGUCAUACCCAUAAGCACCCGCGGUGAUCCGGAAGCUGUUGUUUCGUCUGUCGGAGGCUCGGGUGUCAAACACAAGAUCAUGGCUCUUCAUCGGCUCUUCCACCUGUCGUCCCUGUUGCGUUCGGCUGUGAGCGUGACUCUCCGCAGGAACAUCGGUCUGUCCGCCGUCAUCUUCAACAAAGCCCGAGACCUGGAUCCUGUCCAGAAGCUCUUCCUGGACAAGAUCCGCGAGUACAACGUCAAGAGCAAGACCGCUGGCGGUGUGUUUGAAGCCGGUCCGGCCUAUCAGAAGAACCUGACGGAGGAGAUGACCAAACUCCAGCGCUUGUACGGAGGAGGAGAUCUCACCAAAUUCCCUCAGUUCAACUUCCCAGAACCCAAACUAGAGGAGGUGAUGACAAAAUGAAUGCCUUCUGUCCAUUACUGUCUGUGCGCUGAAAAUAUGAGCUCAAUAUUUAAUAAAUAGUCUUUGGUUCAAAAA